CUCAGCAUCCAAACAAUCCAUCACACUCACUCUUCAAUCUUUCCAAUCCAAUCUUUCAACACCGCAACCAUGCAGUUCUACGCCAUCGCCUCUGUCUUCCUUGCCGGCACUGCCUUCGCCGCGCCUGCUACUUCCCCCAACGGCUACGAUGCUUGCCCUGAUGGUGGUCUCAUCGGAACCCCCCAGUGCUGCAGUCUCGACCUCGUCGGUGUCCUUUCCGGCGAGUGCAGUUCCCCUAGCAAGACUCCCAACAGCGCCAAGGAGUUCCAGGAGAUUUGCGCGGCGUCUGGCCAGAAGGCUCGCUGCUGUUUCCUCUCCGAGGUUUUUACGCUCGGCGCUUUUUGCCAGAAGCCUGUCGGUGUUACUGCUUAAGCACUUUGUGGGCUUUUCACCUGUUUACGGGGGCGAGGUUGUCCGUAGUUGUCGGUGCGAGUAAUAAUAUUCGGGGAUGACACUGAAAAUUGCAAGUAACUAUGGGGUCUACUAGAGAUCGUUCACAUGAUUAGGUAGCAAAUCAACAAUCCCAGUUAUCUUCGCCACA